CAGCGGAGCCCCGCGGCCUCCGGUGACAUUCUGUGUGGCGGCGGGGGCGCGGAGCCGUGGGGGGGCGACGGUGCGGAGAGACUCUGCUGCUCCGGCCGCCCAUGCCCCAGCUGCUGCCCCCCGGGGGGGAGCCCUGCAGGGGCCCGGCGCCGUGCAGGUUUUCAAUGUGUAACCCAGCUCUGAGUCUGUGAGGCUGCUGUACUACUGAAGCCCGUGUCUAGUUGACCCAGUCUUCCAGACCGUGUGCUCAAUGCUUUGAGACCAGGAGGCCCUUGGUGUUCUGAAAUGAAGAUGGAGGCAGUGGGAAAAGCAGAAGAACUUGUUGAUUCAGAAGUUCCACCAAAGACUUCUGAAAAGCAAGAGACUGCUCCUGAUGAAGACGGACCUAUAGAUCUCGAGACAGAGACUCAGAAAGACACUGUGCCAGCUGGAGCAGACUCUGCGGUGCUCUCUUCAAUGCCUUGCUUACUGAUGGAACUGAGGCGAGACUCCUCGGAGUCUCAACUAGCAUCUACAGAGAGUGAUAAGCCAAUGAGUGGUCGAGUUUAUGAGAGUGACUCUUCUAAUCAUUGCAUGCUUUCCCCUUCUUCCAGUGGGCAUUUGGCUGACUCAGAUACGCUGUCUUCUACAGAAGAGAAUGAGCCCUGUCAAGCUGAAGCUGCUGUAGAGGGAGACCCUUCUGUGGUGUCUGGGACUGCAAUUGGGAGGAAAUCCAGGCGAUCCAGGUCCGAAAGUGAAACUUCAACAAUGGCUGCCAAGAAAAACCGACAGUCUAGUGAUAAGCAGAAUGGUCGAGUUACCAAGGUAAAAGGUCAUAGAAGCCAAAAGCACAAAGAAAGAAUCCGUCUCUUAAGACAGAAAAGGGAGGCAGCUGCUCGCAAGAAGUACAACCUGCUGCAGGACAGCAGUACCAGUGAUAGUGACCUGACGUGCGACUCGAGCACGAGUUCAUCAGAUGAUGAUGAAGAAUUUUCAGGGAGCAGCAAGACAAUCACUGCAGAGAUACCAGAUGGACCUCUAGUUGUAGCUCAUUAUGAUAUAUCAGACACAAAUUCAGACCCAGAAGUGGUAAAUGUGGACAAUCUGUUGGCGGCUGCGGUAGUCCAAGAGCACAAUAAUUCUUUAGCAACCCAAGACUCGGAAUCAACAUGGAAAACCAGAGGGCUGCUAGAUGACCCGAGUGCUGAAACAGGUCAUUUGGAUCCAGACCUCCUUACAAGUGACAAAACCUCUUCUGCUAAUGCCCAGAUCAAUGAAGAAAUUAAUAUUGCCUCUUCUGAUAGUGAAGUAGAGAUUGUUGGAGUUCAAGAACAUGCCAGGUGUGUGCAUCCAAGGGGAGGUGUGAUUCAGAGUGUGUCUUUCUGGAGCGCUCAGCAAACACCAUCAUGGACAGCUGUGGCUCCCCAGCAGAAUUGGUCUUCGCCCCCAGAAGUAGUAGACCUCACUUUGGAUGAGGAUACCAGACGCAAAUAUCUACUGUAGUGCGGUGUCACUGUGUUUCUGCCCUCACCCCUUCUCCCUUUUGUGGCACAGAAGUUCAUUGCUAAAGCUUCAGCUUCAGAAGCCCUGUUCCUGGCAUUACAGAACUCAAACUCACCAAGUUUUUUUCAUUUCCAUAAGAAUGUAGUAUAAUUUCAGUAUCAUUUAAAAUGUUUUUGCCUUCUCAAAGGAGUAUUGCUCCACAGAAUGAAAACCCAAUAGCACCAGAUUUAAAGCGCAUCUACAGUUACUGACAUGUGUGUGUUAAUCUGAAGGAGUAACUGUGUGCAAACUUAACGUCCUCCCACCCUUUCCCACCUCCCAGCUUCAGAACGUUGUUAAUUUAUCAGUGUAUUGAGUUUCUUUGUAGAAGUUAGUAUUUUGCUGUGUGAGCAUCAGUGCUUUUGAGAAAUGCUGUGUCCUCACCGAUUUCAGUGGAACCUGGCAGUGGGGUAUUCAACACUUCUGAAAGUUGGGCCAGGAUUAUUUAUACCCCAGCUGAUGUGGUUACCAGCAGGAGGGACUGUCUUUAAUACAAAUGGCCCAUAACAUAUGCACUGAGCAGCUUUUAGUUAAAGGACUUCUAUUUUCAAUAUAAUUUAUAGUUUACACUCUUGUCAGUGCUGAGUCUUCUGUCUGCUUGACUACUGUGUUUCACUGAUCGUUUCCCCUAGCCUGUGACAGUUUAAAAUAGCAGUAGCAGUAGUGACCUCAUAGCUGCUGAGCAUUGCAAAAGCACAAGAAAAGUGACAAAAAGGCCCAACAUCCCCCUCCCUUUUCAGUAUAUAUAAUUAUACCCGAAUCUUGCCUGGAGUAGGAAAGGGAUGAAACCUUUUGCUCAUAGUCUUCAUUUCUACCGUUGCUUAUUUGCUUCACUGACCAUCUCCAAACAAACAACAAACCUGCUCACACCUUGCAAAGGCCCAGCCUGACAAAGUACUUUAGUGGCUGUGUUGCAUUCAGGCCCAGCAGUUUGCUGAAACUCAUGAGGCCAUUCAAGUGCAUAAAACUCUGCCCGAAAAAGGUAUUGCAGGGUCAGGGCUUUAGGGUUGUGGGUUUUUAAUGUUGUUGUAUUUAACUAGAUCUGCACCAUUUUCCUGGCUUUAGGUCAAGUCUCUUAUCCCAGGUUUGCAGUUGGUUUUCGGGUAUGAUCCAGGAAACACAUUCUACCAGAAUAUUUCCCCAAAUCAGUGGAACUACUUACUUCUAGUGGGCUCCAGUUUCUGUAGCGUGUGUGGAAAUUCCUGCCCCUCAUCCUUCAUUUCUCAAGGCAAAAACCAAAGACUAGACUUUUGACAAGGUGAUACUUUAAAUGUCGAAUGUGCAAUUAAAAUGUUCCUUUGUAUUCAAAAUGUUUCUAGUGGGAAUUUUGUACAGCGGUGUCGUCAGAUUCUUUUGCCAUUUGAGGCUGGGCAGGGGGUGGUCAGGACAUGGGAAGUUCUGUUUUCUGUGUGUGUUGGCUGGUUUCUAAAUUUGUUUGGCUUCCAGUAGUACUAUCCAUGGGCAAAAAAUAAAAGAAGAGACAUAAAAUUACCUUAGUUGUCACAUAACUUAAAAGAAAGACAGAACCCAGCACAGCAGCAGUGGAAUAGUGACAAACAGCUUUUCCUUUAAUAAGCAGAGCGGUUAUGAGCUACACUUUAACAAACAACUAGGUAAGGGAUUGAUACUCUAACAUCAGCCUUUCUUGAACAUCCAAGUGUGUUACUGCAUGGCCAGAAACAUGCACAUGGUGCUUGUAGUGAGGGAGUUCUUUCUGUGGGAGUGGGAGGGAGGGAGCCCGUCUGCAUUGCAGGUGCCCUGCGCUCUCGGGGCACUGUCAGUAGUGGCUGUUGGUCUGUUCUCCUCCUCUUGUAAUGGUGCAGCUCGACCAUCAGCAGUGGGCUGGCACCAGCAGUGGGCUGGCACACGUGCUGCAAAGGCAACUGUAGAACAGUGAGGGAGCGUGGCUGCUUUCCCGUGUUUCACAGAGCCCUUGCAAGACCAGUUUUGAAGAAAGCUGCAGGGACCCAUUUGUCAUCCUUCCACGAAAAAUGCAAACUAACUCUCUUUUGCUUUUUAGUUUGAUGUGACUUCCUUGUAAAUAUGAAAAUGACUGAGUCCUAACCAAACUUCCUCUAAUUGUGCACUGUGCUUGUUUGAAACAACCCCUGUAUUGCAGUCUGAUGCAGGUUUUCUUUUACUUAAAACACUACAUAUUUUCUCCUUUAACAAAUUUGGAAGGGUAGUGACAUGAAAACCGCAGUCAUUGGAUAGCUGGGAAGUGAUUUUCUCCUGUUGGGUUUUUUUAAUUGUUAUUUCUGUUUUUGUUUUGUUUUGUUUUGUUUUUUUUCCUUUGUAAUGAAAAAGAGCAAAAGAUUCCCGGAUGGUUUUGCUCUUCUCAGCAGGAAAGAGAAGUGUUAGCUGUUGUAUGGCUAAGAACCAAUGCAAUUGGAGCCUGAUCCAGAACCCACUGGAGCUGGUGGAGGGCUUUCCAUUGAAUUCAGUGUGUAUUGGCUUGAGCCCUCCAUGGUUUAGCAGUUCCUGAAUUGCUGGAGUGUGAACUUGGGAUCUUCUGUAGUGAAGACAAAUCACUGCUUUAGUAUAUAAAUGUUAAAACUGUGCAACUCUAGUUUAAAAAUUUGAUUCUUCUCGACACUCACUAUUUAGUUCUCAUUUUCCAUCUAGUAUUUAAUGGUCUUUGGAGAAAAAAUAAUAAUAAAACAGAGUGUUAUAUAUAUAUAUAUAAAUA